GGCUCCAGUGUGAAUUCUCACUCUCUCCACAGCUCGUCCAGACUUCACCUGCGAACAACGCACAGAGCAACCGCUAGAUCCUUUCAACACACUCAACCAGACAGUUCCCUCGAUACUAUCAAACAACUUCCGACGUACAUAUCUCUGUUGAAAAUCUCUUCGGACUGUAUUAAGGAGAGCCGGGCUUUUCUAUAAGGAUGCAAUCGGUUAUCUGCCUUUUCGGUGCCUUCAUAGCAGCCGCUGUGUUUCAUCCAGGGAGCUGUGUGGAGACGGUUAUAGGUCUGUACGGUGAGACCAUUGAAGUGCCAUGCAACAAUGGAACUAACAAGCCAGAUGGCCUUAUUUUCACCAAAUGGAAAUACGUGAAAGAUGAUGGCUCUCCCGGCGAUCUUCUCGUGAAGCAGGCUCAGAAAGAUGAGGCCACCGUAUCCGCCACGGAUGGCUACAAAAGUAGAGUUAGCAUCGCCGCCAACUCCAGCCUCCUGAUUGUCCAAGGCUCACUGGCCGACCAGAGAGUUUUCACCUGCAUGGUGGUGUCUUUAACCAACUUAGAGGAAUACUCUGUGGAAGUGAAAGUUCACAAAAAACCAUCAGCCCCUGUAAUCAAAAACAAUGCGAAAGAACUGGAAAACGGCAAACUGACGCAGUUGGGGGAAUGUGUGGUGGAGAAUGCCAACCCACCAGCAGAUCUCAUCUGGAUGAAGAACAACCAGCCCCUAGUGGAUGACGGCAAGACGAUCAUAAUUACAUCUACUAUCACCAAGGACCCAGUCACAGGACUGUCCAGUACUUCUUCCCGUCUGCAGUACACAGCCAGGAAAGAGGAUGUAGAAUCUCAAUUCACCUGCACGGCAAAGCAUGUAACGGGCCCAGACCAGGUUUCAGAAGCCGAGACCUUCCCAAUUCAUUACCCUACUGAAAAGGUGAGUCUACAGGUUGUUUCUCAGAGCCCCAUUAGGGAAGGUGAUGAUGUGACACUGAAAUGCCAGGCGGAUGGAAACCCCCCUCCUACCAGCUUCAGCUUCAACAUUAAGGGCAAGAAGGUCACGGUGACAGACAAGGAUGUCUACACUCUGACUGGUGUUACCCGAGCGGACAGUGGCAUUUACAAGUGCUCCCUGCUUGACAACGAUGUGAUGGAGUCCACUCAGUUUGUCACCGUGAGCUUUCUGGAUGUAAGCCUCACUCCUACAGGCAAGGUGUUGAAGAAGCUUGGGGAAAACGUGACGGUGUCGUUGGAAAAGAACGCCUCUUCUGAAGCAAAAGUGACAUGGACUAAGGAUAACCGUAAACUAGACAAACUGCCUGACUUCUCAAAGUUGACGUAUAGUGAUGCAGGCCUCUAUGUGUGUGACGUGUCCAUUGAAGGAAUCAAACGCAGUUUGUCCUUUGAGCUUACUGUGGAAGGUACUCCUAGAAUUACAAGUCUGACAAAGCAUCGCAGCAAUGACGGCAAACACAAAGUCUUGACGUGUGAGGCAGAAGGUUCACCUAAACCUGACGUGCAGUGGAGUGUCAACGGAACUAACGAUGAAAUGUCAUAUGUCAGGGGGAAGGCCACAUUCAAGCUGACCGUAGUGCCCACUAAGAACCUCACCGUCAGCUGCCUUGUGACCAAUAAACACGGCGACGACGCGAAGGAGAUCAGCGUGUUUUCUCUAUUUGAGGAGGACACGUCCAAACGAGAGAAAAACGAAGACGGCGCAGAACAGGCCAAAGUGAUUGUGGGUGUCUUGGUUGGACUCAUUGUAGUCGCUGCUUUGGUGGGACUCACCUACUGGCUCUAUAUCAAGAAAACAAGACAAGGCAGCUGGAAGACCGGCGAGAAGGAGGCAGGCACUUCAGAGGAGAGUAAGAAACUGGAGGAGAACAAUCAUAAAGCAGAUGUCUAAAAGAGAAGAGAGCCAUCAAAGAAGAUCGAAGAAGGAAUGAACCAGGAAAGAGGCCUUGUUACACUGAAUGUGCAGUACUACACACUUCAAUCAUCUAAUUCCAGACAUCUGAUUGGACAGCGAGGCCUCCUUCGGGCUGCUCGCGUGCGUCACGCAUCACAGAAUGUUUUCAGAAUAUUUCCUAUCCCAAAUGAACUGUUUGUUAAAAAAAAGAAAGAAAAUCCCCACCACGAUUCAAAAGUGUACAAGAGAAAACCACUUGUGUUGUAAAUUUAGUCUGGCACCGAGGACUGCAUUUACUUUUGAUCGAUUCUGACUUUUCUUUUUGUGUUCCCAGUGAAUGUUCUCGUUUCAUGCGCAUUGCUGAUGUGGUGGGCACAGCUGUUUUGUUCCCCCUCUAGUUAAAAAAAAAAUAAAAAUAUGUAAAUUCGCUGUACACUUUUUAGGCCUGUGUAAAUACGGGGAGUACGUUCACUACUUAACGUUGGGAUUAUUGAAAAAAAAUAACUGAUAACAAUGGAUUUUGGGACUUCGUAUUGAUAUUGCACAGUCCCUCAUCGAAAACUCCUAAGAUCGCGGUCGGAUGCUGGAAGAACGAUGAAUUCACUGCUGUUACACCUCUGUUUGCUCAUGUUUUAUUUAUUGGUACCUCUUUACGUCACUGCCCUAUGACAUUCAUGUUAUUUCCUCUAGUUCUAAGUGGCUAAGUAGUGAAAACGGGUUUAGAAAUUUAGCAUAGCAUAGGGAGAUUUUCUGCUACACCCAGUGGCCUUCAGGUUGCAUUGCAUGAUGUCAUAGUUGUAGGGCUCUGAACUCAGCAGAACACGGCCCGCUAGAGUUUAACGUAGCGACAUAGAUGUGACUAGCAUAUAGUAUAAACAAGCAAACAUCCGCUCUCGGUAUCAGACUGGGUGGUAGCGACCUUGCAUGCAGAGACUUUAUUUUUUGGUAGGAAGUAAAUAUAAAAGAAUAGCCCCAUUAUUCUGCCUUAACAGGAAGAGUCAGUAUUGGAAGGCAAAUUUGAGUCAGUAUGUUAAUGUGAAACCUCACUGUAUAGCCUUUCAGUUUUGCACUUCCCUCGGACUACAAAAACUGUAUCUUUUUUUGCUUUUAAACAUCAUUUUCUGUAUCUACGAUAUUUGUCAGGUUGAUGUCCGACACUGUAGUCUUUAAGGAUGGGUUGAAGCAUUGUUCCGUUCAUUGUGGUCUGAAGAAGCUGUAAAUAUGUUUGAAUGUCUUGCUUGUGUUUGGCUAUUUAUAAUGUGUGAGAAAUGCAAGGUUAGCUGUGCUUCUACUUAGUCACUAAAGAGACCCUUUUUAUUUAAAAUGUAAUCUCACUAAAGCUUUCACUUUUUCUUUCGUCUCCACAAAUGAGUGUUUUGAAUGUCCAUGUUUAGCUGUAACCAUCUCGCAUAUUUUGAACCAUCAGGUCAGCAGUGAAACCAAAGAAGGUAACCGCAAAAGAAGGCCAUAAAGUAUUGUAAAUACUGACUUUUGUUUUUGUACUUUUGUUGACAAUAAAAGUGUACAUUUUGAA